GACCUGGAUCGCAACAAAAUCUGCCUCCGUUGUCACCUGCUCACAUUUCUGUCGAGAUGCGAGAACGAAAAAAAUGAUGAUCGUCCAACAUUCUGUAAAUGCGUUGAUUGUUCUCUGACACUUUUUAUCGAAAGACCACAAAGCCGAAUUCGAUCCGAGAAACACCGUUCAAGGCUCUUACCAUGAUGCGUUUGAUGGUGUCGGCACUGCUCUUCUUGGGCCAUUGUCCGUCUGGUCUGGUCGACGCGAAUACUGGCAUCGAAGCACUAGUUUCAAAGGCCAAACGAAAAUUUAAGUCCUAUCAGAGCGAUCCUUUGAAUUUACUCCGCGGCAUCCAAGCAGGCGAAUACGACCGAAUUUACAUCCAUUAUCACCAGUGCGUUUGGUCCGAACUAGACAGCUAUAGCGACAAUUACGAAGAAUCAGGAUGCAGCGGUGACGAGAAUGGAGGAGACAAGCCCUGGUACAUGGGCAAUACUCAGUGUUACCGAGCGAAUGUAGCAUAUUCGCUCUAUGGUGUGCGAGCGGGAGACGAGUCGCCACAGGAUGCCUGCAGGAGRCGCUAUUAUAUCAACACGUUCUUUACUAGCAAUGGGAUCGAAGAGUUUGGCGAUCUCGUAGGACUGGAGAACCACGAGGAUGCAACAACACAGUGCACUCUGGUAGGUGAUGAAGAGAACGGCGACGACGAUGCCGACGGUGCGGAUUAUGAUUCGUUCCAGCACAACACCGAAAUAUAUCCUAACGCUCAGAGCUAUACUACCUUCUGCGCCGAUGGUAGAUUUGUCAACACCCUCUUUGGUGGGGCAUAUUGCACUGGAAAAAGCGACUUGGAAGUGUUGGACCCGCUCGACGACCUUAACAGCGAACUGAUGGAAUUGGAAUGCGCCCUAGUCUACACGGCGGAGAAUGAAAACAAUGGAGGAGGCAAUGAUGUCGGUGAUGAAAACGAGAACGCACGAAAGCUUGAGGAGGGAGAACAGGAAGGAGAUGGAGACAAUGACCAGCAAGAAAACUCAGGCGACGAGGAGGACAACGAAGAUGACAACGGAGAUCAAGACAACGAAAAUCAAGAGAACGAAGGAAACGGAAACGACAAAGGCGGCACAUUGUGGAACGUGUUGUCACACUCGAGCACAUGCAGCAUCCUUGAGUAUCCGAAUGCAUGCCCAGACCCUUAUCGUGCCAAGAAACAUUUCGACAUGAACCCUCGGACUUCAAGUGGCUUUUCGCGUCGAUUGAACCCAGUCGAUUGGUUUUCCUUGGUGCUGUUUGUAUUGGGAUCGGUUCUUCUAGCAGUUACACUUUUGAUCGAAGAUCGCCAACCGGAAGAAAAGAAAUCGAAGCGAAAAGGCUUCUUUUUUACUCGACCUAGUUCUCGAUCCCGCGCUCGAUCCUGGGGAUCUCGGGGGCGAUCUCGGGGACGAUCUCGGGGACGAUCGAGAGGAGAAUCUCGGGGACGAUCGCGAGAGCACUCAACAGGAGGAGAUUAUCGAAGCCAUAGUGGUGAAUACAUGAAAGACGAUACUGAUAAAACGAUCGACACGAACGACSCACAAACUCAGAAAAAGAAAAAGGGAGGCAUGAGGGGCAUUUUCUCAAAAAAAAAAUAGGUGCAAGUAUUUUUUUUUGCCGAAGUAAUCGAUGAGUUUUGAAGGAUAAACUUCKCGUAUGUGU